UAUUUUUCUGAAGGUAUAUCUACAAUACUUCCAUUCUGAGACAAAAGGAGAGCUAAAGAUGCAGCUGGAUGUCUGUAUAAAUCUGCUACUGACAAUUACAGGGCUUUUGCAAGUGGUUACUGCAGAUAUAUCUACAAUACUUCCAUUUUGAAACAAAAAGAAAGCUAAAGAUGCAGCUGGAUGUCUGUAUAAAUCUGCUACUGACAAUUACAGGGCUUGUGCAAGUGGUUACUGCAGCUAAACCACAGAUGGUAAGGAUCUCAGGUCCUGAUGAGGUGGUAGCUGGAGUGAGUACCAUCUAUGAGUGUUCUGCAUUCUGCAGUCGUACCUGCUAUUAUACCUGGAAUGUGAAAGAACAGUCAUUUCCUGGAAGCAAACUUACCCUGACUGAAAAUGGUGUAGACAAUUUCAUUUCAAUAACAUGCACAGUGACAGAUGAAGACAAUAAGCACUUUGUCAGUGAGGUCAGAUCAGUCACAGUGAUAAAUCCCAUUUCUGUGAAGCCAUCAACUGAUCAGUCAGUACUUCACCAGCAGCCUAAAGUGGGACGGUCAUUUCGUUUAACAUGUGAUGGGGCCUCCCUACCAGUCACUAUAACCUGGCUUAAAGAUAGUGCACCUCUUACAUUAGACUCCAGGAUGAGCCUAUCCCCAGACAAUCUGACUCUGUCUUUUAGCAUUUUGAAAGAGUCAGAUAGUGGCCAAUAUCAGUGCAAGGUCCUUAAUGGAAGUGCCAGUGUAAUAAGCAAGGCAUACUGGAUUUAUCUUGGAUAUGUUAUCAUUACCCUGACUGGGACAAACCAUGCAGAAGUAGGCAUGCAAAGUGAGUACACCUGUGAGGCACAGUGUGGGAUGGAUUGCACAGUGCAGUGGGCUUUGCAUGCAGGCUUUCCAAGAGGAAGAUUUAUUGCUGAGGGUCCCAGGAUUCUCUGGACCCCUUCUGACAUCGGACAAACGCAGGUCUUCACUUGCAUCACUCUGAACCCGGGAGCAGGAAAUAUUGGACAGGUCUCCAAAACUGUAACUGUUGUAGAGGCACGGCCACACCCCAAGCCCAGUAAUGCUGUAUCAACCAAAUCCAGUGUAACUGUGGUGAGCAGUGCAACUCUGCUGAUGCUGGUUUCUGCUUGUGUUUGAGGAUCAUCACAGAAGCAGAAGCUAUACACACAGGCCAAGUUGCUUUUAUUCUGGGUAGAGUAACUUGAGUUUGGUUCACCAAAGUCUUUACAACACAUUUGAUUGAACUUACUUUGUACUGACAUGUACUGUAUAUUUAAACAUAAAACAGGUAAGACUUAUUUUCUGGUAAAGCCUAAAUGUCUUUGUUUAUUUUAGAGAUGUUCAUAGAAUGUUCAUAUUACUAAACAACUAAGUGGCCUACACGUUCAUAGAAACCUUCUUCCAGUUAGAUCCCUAAAGAACAAAGGCAAGAUGUUACAAUGAAAAAACUCCUUGAGUCAACAUGAGGAAUUAACCUUGAGAAGAUUCAAGCUUUUAAGAGACAACAACAAUCAUUAAAUAUUUAUAAAUCAUUAUUAUUCUGAAACUGUACUGUAUACUGUAAAGUCAAAUGGUAUUAUAUUAGUUAAAAGUAUCUUGAAAGGAGUAUAUUGUGAAUAGAUUCCUAGGAAGAAAACAGGACAAACCCUAUAAUCACAACAACAGUGUUUAUGUACAAGUCGGCAUUAUACAGGUGACAUCAUCAUGACAUUUGGGCACAAAUUUGCUUGCACCCUGACCAUCUUUUUGGUCACACACACAAAAAAUUCUUUUUGGACUGACAAACUAUAUUUUUGGACUGAUACUUCAUGAUACUUUAAAAUAAGUCAUUAUUUACUGAUUGAAAAUAAAAUUUUUUUAAAAAGAAUUGUCAAACAUAAGAGAAAUUGCCACAUCUAAUGGAACAAACUCAAUCAACAUGGCUAAACAUAUGGUAGAAAUCCUAGGAAUGCAUAUGACUGAUAGAACUAAAUGUAUUUUGGUGCAUACAUAAAUUAACAAUCCUGUACAGUUCAACAGGGGCUAUGUUUUUAAUCCAAAUCUGACAACACUAUGAGUUGAGUAUGAGUAUACUUGUGAGCCACAACCAAAUAUACAAACACAUGUUCUGUUCCCCCUCCUCCUACCACACACUCUUGCACAAAGAAAUAGUACAAUCAUGCAAAAUGACGUUAAAAAAAAACACACCCUUUAAACAAUAGGGUCAUCAAUCAGAGCAGUCUUCAUCCUUAGCAGAUAACACAGGAAAAGAAAACACACCCAGAGAGAAAACUUAUUUACGCAGCUGACACUGAGAGGUUUCAGUAACAGGUUUCGAUGUUCAAGUGCACUUGAAAGAACUGAGUCUUCCAUCAAUUAACCUUCAUGAUUGUUUGUAAAUAAUAAAAGUUUCAAAAAUGUAUACAAUGUCUUAACAUAGUCUUAACAGUAACAAUCUAAAUGCAAAUAAUGGUAUAUAAAAAUUCUAUCUAUAAAUAGUUGAAAAAAUAAAGGUUACUGAACACAUCA